GCUUUAGUUUUUGAUUUGCUGGUUAUGUCGCUGAUUAUGGCGUCCACCAGCAGUAGGAAAACGUCCUCAAAAAAACGUCAAAAUGUUUGCACGAAUCGGCCGUUGUAUCGUGAUGGACGGCGUGGUACGGCUGUGAAGGUAUUCACAAUUAAUCAGGAAUCCCGCUAUCUCCUUGUUCAUGGAGUCCCCGACAUCAACGUCACCGAUGAACUUCUGAAGCUCUUGUCUCUCUACGGGAAGAUAGAGGAAUACCGUACACUUGACGAGUCAGACGCAGAGGAGUUCACCAAGACGCACUGGAUCAAGUAUGCAGAUAUCUCUGCUGCUAGAGUUGCCAAGCGCAAGAUGGAUGACUAUUCAUUCUAUGGAGGUUUCCUGCAUGUAUCCUAUGCUCCUGAGUAUGAGACUGUCGAUGAUACAAGGAAAAAGCUCCAACAAAGGAGAAUGGAUAUGGCAAGAAGACUGAGGAAACUCGCCCAAGAGAGGGCAUCUGAUGAAGCUGGCAGUUUGGAAACUAUUGAGGCAUCAUCCACACCUGAUACAAGUGAUCGUCACCUUGAUAGACCUUCACCUGUGACAGCUUGGAUGCCAACUCCAUCUCAAGAAGCAAGGUCAUCAGCAAGUCCUGAUACUCCAAGAGCAGCUGCAGGAGGUGGCGUUGAUGCACGCUAUGGACACAGUCAUCCUGGUAAUGAACUUGGAAACCCUGAUCAGCAGAAUGAGCAGAUUCCCUCGUCCAUCCCUGAGCCACCCCGAAGACUACCUCCCUGGCAAUGGAACACUCCUAGCCAGCCAGAGUUCCCAAGACUGAGAACUAAACAUGACACUCUCCCUGAUGGGUUCAAUCCAUUCCCUGACAGGGGUGGUCAGCUCAAUCAAGGUCAGGUGGAACCCACUCAUCAGGUUCCAUCAUCGAUAUCAGCAGUACCUUCAAGUGCCUUCAUUGGACCUUUAUGCCCCCCGGUUGGUGGUUCAGUCAACCCAGCAUUAGAUCCAGAUUCACAAUGUUCUCUGCAGCAUGGACAGAGAUUUAGGGACCCUGGUGCAAGACCAAAAGAGAGGUCCUUCCCUUCUCACUCUGGUAAUCACCUUGAACCCGCAGAUCACCAACAAACUGAUCAUCAGCAUGGUCAGGUGGUUGGAGGUACGGAUGGUGCUCAAACUGGACAAGUUCAAGGUCCUGGAUCCCAUGCAGGCUGUGCUGGUGCUGAUUAUUCACAGAUCGACCAGAGACCUAAGCUGGUUGGGAGAAGGAGAUUGGGAUCCAACACUUCAGGCUCUCCUGUCAAGCAAGCACAUGUGGCACAAAGCAAGACACCACAUGCUUCUGGUCUCUCGAGCCAGCCAGUCUUCUUUCCUCGUGUCGUCAGUACUAGAACAAAGCGGUCAGCCUCCAGCAUAGAGGAAGAUGACCAACAGAGUGACCACCAAAGCUCUCCAGCAACAGGGGACACUUCGUUUGAUAGGACAGUCGGCUCAGUACGUCAGCAGAUGUCCCAGAUAUCCCAGGCAGUCGUGAGUAGUACAGGUCCUACAUCUACCUUCCAAAGAAUACUGAUACAAACCAGAAACCAAGAAAGAAUGGGUCUGUUACCACGAAGGCCACCUACCAAGAGACAGAGAAUAUGACACUGUGGGACACACACAUUCCAGUGUGGUAUGGUAAAAUGUCAGGAUUAUGUUGUCAAUGUAAACAUGCUCCCAUUAGUCUUUUUAUACAUCUGUAUGUGUAUUUCAGCUACUUUACUAAUUUUGUUGUAUCGUGUAUGUAUAAACAGGUUUCUUUUUUGCCAAAAUAUUUGGUAAUGGUUGUCAAAUGCAAACUCUCAAGAAACAAACUUUGAAGUAAAGAUGAAUUUUUAACUUUUUUUCUUGGACAGAAAUGGGAACAGAUAGAGUGCUAAGGAAUUGAGAAAUCAAAAUACAGAUUUUUAUAUGAAAGAGAAUUUCAGGCUUUUCUGACCCCUGCAUUUCUUCAAUGACACAAUUUGUUUUAUGAGUUACUCAUACAAUACUGGAUGAAGUGUUCACCAUUUCUUAAAUUCAGGGGAAACAUAUUUCCUUAGCAACACUCAAGGAUGAAGGUCCUUGAUCUUGUCCGCAAAUAUGCAGUGUAUCCAGUUUGGAAGUAGUGUAGUAUUAACUCUUCUCUAGUGAAGACAGCAGCAUGUUCUCCAUGCAGUUCAGCUGCUGUAUACCAUCCCGGAGCUGAUACACAUGGGAAAGAGAUGGCCAAGACGGCGAAUACCUGGGAACGGCAAGAGAAAGGAAAACAAAUAUAUCAUUGGUGCGAUUGUUAUUUGGUUUUCCAUAAAAUCCCAAGUAAAUUUCAUUUGCCGGUCGGUUCCGUAUUCAUUACGAAAAUACACCGUUUGGGGUUUCACCGCUGUUGGGGUCGCAAACUGCGGUAAUAGACCCCAUUUUUCGUUUGAAACUCUCAUUUCUCAUUUGAACAUUUCCAAGCCCCGAUAAACCCAUCUUGGCCAGGUAAUCCCCGUUGUCUCAAUUUCAUCUCCACUGGCCAGUAAAGCCAAGGACGAAAUGAUAAACAACAGCUGUGCUAUUACGUAAGACUUCUCUGCCUGAAGAAGGAACUUCAGAAUUAAAUUAUUGUCUUCGAUAUUUAAUCACGUUUUCAAAGGCAUAUUGUAUUCAGACAUCCAAUAUUAGUCCUUUUUCAAUUUCGAACGAAGAAAAUCGACCUCGAAAUAAGGAAAAUAAGCGAAUAAAAAUUAGGUUAUGCUUUGCAUGCAGGGACUGCCCUUAAAGCGCUGCGCACACGAUGCAUUCACCGCGUGUAUACACGGAACUCCAUAGCAGGCUCUUAGACACGUUGCAAUCCAUCGUGUGUGACCCCCUGCUGUGCUGGGCUGUCGCGUUAUCUUCAGACCGAGGUCAAGAAACAGGUGUUUUGAUACUUAAAUUUCUUGCUUGGGGGCAGUUCGGGAUUAUAGUGGUUGGAGAAGAGAAUUGGUGAAAACGAUCUGGGGUAUAGCCUUCUCAAACGGAGGUAUUUCGUCAUGUUGUCCAAACAACAUGGUCAUAAAGAAACAAAAAAUGGAUUCUUGACUGCGCGCAGUCAAAAUUUAUGCCUUUGCCAUUGCCAGAUGGCAAAUAUACAUGUAUUACACACCUAUAUACAUGGCAAAUAUACAUGUAUUACACACCUAACUUCUAAACUUUUCAAAUAAUGAUCUCAGUGACAUUUGACCUAGUGAUCGAACUAAGAUCAUAUCAGAUCAUUGUCACUUCCAUAUGCAAACAUGUGCCAAGAUUGAAGUUGAUCCCUCAAAUGAUUCUUCACGUAUUGUGAGAACGAGAUAUUUGAAUGUAUAAUGACCUCUGUGAACUUUAACAUAGUGACCCUUAGAUCAUUGUCACUCCCAUAUGCACAGAGCCAAGUUUGAAGUCGAUCCCUCAAAUGCAUGGUUCUUCAGUUAUCACGAGAAUGAGAUAUAUCACUUUAUCUGACCUCUGUGACCUUGGAUCUUGUGACCCUAUAAUCAGAUCAUUGUCACUCACAUAUACACACAUGAGCCAAGAUUGAAGUUGAUACGGAUGGACGGACAACCUGUAAACAUAAUCAUUGGCUUAUUGCUGAAUUCUGCUGCAACCACCUAGCUGCAAGCCGGGCAGAAGCGUAAAACUUGCACGUAGGUCUAUAUAUACCGUCGUCAAAACUGCAUAGAUUUAGUUUUUACCAUAAAUAUUACAGGGUGUGCAGGCCCAAACUUGUUGAUAUUUUUCAGAUGUUAUACGAAAUCUAUCACAAAAUUAGGUGCCCGGUGUACAUAUGUACACAUGAACAAAAAAACAAUUAGCUCUGACUAAAUUUAUUGAUGUUGGACAACGAAAUUGAUGAAAAAAUCUCGAAAUAUCGUAGACCGCAACGCACUUGAUAAACAAGGAAAACUAGUAUGUGCGAACAGGGCGGCCGGCCCGCGAGCGUGGCUUUAUUUCGACAAACUUUAUUGCAGAAUUGGCAAGAUAAUUAACCCCAAUUUUUCACAAAGAUUCGACAUUAAUUAUCUCAAUAAAAAUCAUCACUGUCAUACCUAUAUCAAAAUGACAAUGACAAUGUAGUAUGUGUAAUAGUUACUCCCUAUCAAAUAUGCAAAUGAGAAAUUGAAAAUAUCAAAACAUUUUGUAGCUUUUAUUUAUGAAAUGAAGAGGGGAUGUUAAAAUUCCACAAAAAGCACAAUUUAAUUUGGAAGGAACUGUUAUUGUCAGAUGAAAAUCGUAUCCCUCUUUGAAGAGGUUUUAACAGGAUUGGUUAUAUAACAUAUAUAAACCCUAUAAAACUCAACGUAUGACAGUUAGAAAUGAAAAAAAUAGGCAAUUGGAACAAAACAUGUCAGUGUUCAUAAUAUAAAAUGACAAUUGAAAAGUCUGAUUUAUGUGAAGAUUAGAGUUCUUAUGCCAAAAUAUAUAUCAAAUCCGUGAAAUUACUAGCGUCUGUUUUCACAUCCGCGUCUCUCCUUAUGCCGAAGGUAUCUUGCAUGCCCAUCUAUAGCUUUCACUGCAGUCUUCCAAGCGGCUCCUUGCUGAGAUCUGGGCAUGGGGCAGAUUUGGAAGAGGUGUUCUGGUAGGACUGCAACCCUCUCUGGAUCCAGGCGUGCCUCGCUUUUGCCAUUUACACAACGGUGCAGUUCCUUUGAUAGCUCUGCAGCUACCCUUGAUGGAAUUAUUGUUUGAAUCAUCAUCAAAGGACUCCUAUGAGGUGGUUGAGGAGCUGGCCUAGGUGUUGGUUGGGUGUGGUGCCUGGCUGGUGGGGUGUUCUCCUGUGUUGCUGGUGUAGUCUGUAUGAUAGAAAGGAGAAAUAAGGAAACGUAACCAAUGAUAAAACAUCUAUCUAAAUUAUCAAAUCCAAAAUAAUAAUAAUAACUUAAUCUUAUAUAGCGCUUUUCAUGAAAUCCAUAUCAAAGCGCUUUACGAUGUAGAACAUACGAAAUAUACAAACGAAAGUGAAAUUAGAAAUCAUUUUUUAAAAAUAUAUAUAUCAAGGACACUGUAAAUGGGGCUAUCUUGAAUAUGCUUUCUUCAUGAGAUACAUCUUUAAAUUGGAUCAAAACAAUGUGAUAUUUGGGAUACAACGGAGGGAAGCUGGAAGAGUAUUCCAAAGACGUGGGGCAGAGCUUGAAAAGAGUUUUGAAUUCUUUGCAGCUUAGAAAUAUCCUUUUCUGGAAUUCUAUGAAGCAGGCUUUUGCAACUGUCAAGAAGGAAACUAAUAAAUGCACGAAUGAGGACUUCAGUAGAUGACUUAGAGAGAUAUUUACGAAUUUUGAAAUUUUUCUUAGGGCAAAGGACGCUUUACGACAGAUGCUGUUGACAUGGGUACGCAUUGAAAGGUUUUUAUCAAACAAAACACCUAAGUUAGUAACCGUUUUAGAGGGAUGUAUAUGAACAUUUGCAAUUUGAAUUGGAGGUAGCUCAGGGGUAUGUCUACGAUGGGAGGACAGAUGCAUGACUUCCAUCUUGUUAUCGUUAAGGAGUUGGUAGUUCACAGUCAUCCAGGAAUAAAUGACACCAAGACAAUAUUCCAGGUCCUGCAACAUUCGGAGAGCUUCAAUGCAAACUAAAAACAGGGCCCUGGGAACAAUUUUUUUUGCUGGAGGUGCUGAAGUAAAUUUGACACGG